ACAAUAGUAAUUACAAUGUAACUCCGCUUAAUGAUAUAGAAAUACACAAACAAAGUUUUAUCGAUAAGGACACAAUGUCAAGUUUAUCGAUAGUCGCGGCCCUGACGCCGCUCGCUGCGAGAAUCCCGCGUAAACGUCCGUUGGGCAGUUAUCGCGCGCAACCGGCGUGCGUCGCACGUCCACAUGCCGCCCGCAAACGCGCAACUUUCGAACGAAGAUUCAAAGCCCAAGAGGAAGAUCAGAAUUGCUAACAUUCUUACCGGCGUGAGAAUGGUGAACCGGUGUGAGAGACGUCUGGUGGCCUGCGCACUGCUGGCCGUGACUGCGGUGGUGGCGGCCGCGUCCUACGAUCGUGAGAGACUUGAGAUUGCCAAGCAGAUCCUGGAAGAGGUGCCGUUAACUGACGGGCACAAUGACCUUCCGUGGAACAUCAGGAAAUUUCUGAGGAAUCAGAUCAAUGAAUUCGAGCUGGAUACCGAUUUAACUUUGGUAGAGCCUUGGUCUAUCUCCAAGUAUUCGCAUACCGAUCUACCUAGGCUGAGAGAAGGCAUGGUUGGAGCUCAGUUUUGGUCAGCCUUCGUACCCUGCGCCACUCAGAACAAGGAUGCUGUACAACUCACCCUGGAACAGAUCGACGUCAUCAAACGCCUCGUGGAGAAGUACCCACAGUAUCUUCAGUUUGCUACCUCGGUCACAGACAUCCUGCAAGCCCACAGCGCGCGGCCUCGCAAAAUCGCCUCCUUGAUCGGCAUCGAGGGUGGACACUCCAUCGGCAACUCUCUAGGCGUCCUCCGCAGCUACUACCAGCUCGGAGUUAGGUACAUGACGCUCACGCACACUUGCAACACCCCAUGGGCGGACUCGUCCAACGAACAGCCUGCUGCUAACGGACUCACGGAAUUCGGCGAGAAAGUGGUGCGUGAAAUGAACCGUCUGGGCAUGCUGGUGGAUCUGUCCCACGUGAGCGAGAACACCACCAGAGCCGCCAUCAGGGUGUCGCGCGCGCCCGUGGUCUUCUCCCACUCUUCCGUCUACAGCCUUUGCAAUCACAAGCGGAAUGUGCCUGAUGAUAUCAUCCAAUCGCUGAAAGAGAACGGCGGCAUCAUAAUGGUGAACUUCUUUCCUGACUUCGUGAAAUGCGCCCCGAAUGCUACAAUCUCCGACGUGGCUGAACACUUCCAUUACAUCAAGCGUCUGGUGGGGGCUGACUUCGUGGGCAUCGGCGGUGACUACGAUGGUGUUAACAGGGUCCCACGAGGUUUGGAGGACGUUUCCAAAUACCCGGAACUGUUUGCCGAACUGCUGCGCAGUGGACAGUGGAGCGUGCAGGAAUUGAAAAACCUGGCCGGCCUGAAUAUGUUGCGCGUCAUGAGGCAGGUGGAAAAGGUCCGUGACGAGAUGCGCACGAAUGGUGUGGAGCCCGAGGAGCAUCCAGACUCUCCCACCGACAACGGCAACUGCACCAGCAACGCAUUCUACACCGAGUACGUCUAAACUGGAACCCAACGCGCCCGAGGAUGCAUCGCGAUCACAUCAACGUUUAUACAUUUUCACCUAUGUUUAAUUUUUCUUUUAAUACAAUUUGAGUAUAUCUUAUAAUAUUUUUUAAUUUCUUGCUAUAUUGGCGUAAAACUUCUAUAAUAAUCUUUCUUUGCCAUUAACUGACUGGUACUUUUAUCUACACGUAUUUUUUUUUCGUUGGAUUAUAUUUUCUACGUAAUCUCUAAUUAAAAGUAAUGCGUGAUAUUUCUACUGUUUAUAGUAGGAGCUCUUACCAUCCAGUAUCUAGCUCCACUGCCAACUUUUAUUAGAAACAGUUCGUGGUCGAAUGAUGUUUUAACUCGGCGUGGGAGGAUGGAAGAGAAGGGCUAGCAGACCUACACAAAAACACGCGCAACCCAAACAUUCACCGUAUGCAAAUACAAUACGCUUGAAAAUACAAUUGCCGGACAACUUCGCUGUUGAUACCUUAAUUUCAAUUCUAUCUCAACGCAAUAAGGUUCGUUAAUAACAACGGUGUAUACUUGGUCUGCUGACCCUAACCCGCCCUCCCGAUGAGAGACGUUCCAUCACGCAUUUUAAUUUUGAUAUAAAUGUUUCGUGUACCAUGUUGCAGGCACUACGAAGACAGCCGUGUAAUAAUAAAAAGGGCUAAAAUAUCAAUAAGUAAAAUUAACAAUAAAACAAGUCGACGUGUGAAAGGAAAUAAUUAAACAAACCAACUUGUUACAAAUCUUGGUUCCAUAUUACAGUGUAUACAAUUGUUAACGUACUAGUUAAAAAAUCUUACGAGGUACUAUCAUAAUAUGUACUUUACCGAGCGCAGUAACCACACAAUAACAUUUAUCAUUUCCACGUCGAAUAACAUAAUGACUGAGUUUCCAUACAGUCUGCAACAUACAGGAUAAUACCGGUCUAAUGAAACGUAAACUUUCGCGGAGUUCGUUCGUUUCAAUAUUUAAACCGUGUAUUCACUGCCAAUUUCAUGUUGCUGAAUAUUUUGAGCAACAGAUUAUAUCUUGUCGGAUAUCGGUGCAAUGAGCGUCAUGUGUUUCGCGUUUUAUUGCGCAGUGUAUACAUGGUUUUAUAGCUGUUGUCACAUUUUUUAAAUGUUCGAGUACACUUAUGACCCCCAUAGCUAUUUUUUUAUUGCUAUUUUCUGUUUUGUUAAUGAAAUUUAUUUGCGACAGAUUUUGUAAUUUAUUAUUUAUAUUUUCAACAAAUACAUGAAUGAACAGGACGAUUAUUUAAAUACUUUAUUAUCGGAUAAUCUGAAUCGGGAUAAUAUCUUCCUUUAGAUAAUAUAAAACCAGAAGUAAAUAAUCACAGGAAAUAAUUUUCGAACUGGAUGUAAUAUUGUAUUACCAAGGAAUGAAAAUAAACUUUAAUAUAAUUUAAGAAACGAGAAACAACAUAAAAAACCCGAUUAUUUUCUCCAGCAUUUUCAGAUGUUACCAAAAUAUCCUGACAUUAGAAAUGUGACAACAGCCCCUUUAUAUAAUAUCGUAAUAUUAAAGGAAAUAUGUGUAAUCAGUGUUAUAGUAGCAUAUGUGUCAAUGCACCCCUUCCUCACUCUCCCACUGUCCCACUGUCCCCCUGUCCCACUGCCCUCUUCGGCCCACCCUCCUCUGGAAUGGCUCAAAACCAAGGAGUGAUCUUAUGUUAAUUGGAACUUGUCUUCCAGUUCAUUUCUCCUUUUUACAUUACGUCAAAUCAUUAAGGAUGGCCUUAAGGCAAGCAUUGAGAGAGAAUGGGUAAUCUAUAUAAAAGUUAACGAAAAUAUUAUUUUAAUAUUGUACUUUAAAAGUUCGAGUUAGGUGUGUAGGUAGUUAGUAAAUUUAUAAAAAUGUUUUUCGUUUUCUGUUCGGCGAGGUUAUUUGGUUUCUCUCGUUUUUUAUUUGUUCUAAUAAUACUCGAUGGAAGCCAUUUCGGACACUGUUUGUUCUACACUUGCUUAAUGAUAGAUAUACAAUAUACGUAGUUAUUUGUAUUGCUGUGUAUGACGCGUGUAGUUGUUGCACGCCACGCGUUUUGUCAUUUUAAGUAUCUUUGGCAUUGUGAGUUGAGAACAUGUUUUGGUGUUUUGUGAUUAAGGGAGUACCAGCAUCACCCAAAGGAAUUAGAGUAUGUUUUUAUUGUUUGGUUAUUAAAUUGUGUCCGGUGUCGAUGUGCGCGUACGCACUCGUAACACGUACAUCCCGUAUACGCGUGUUUAGUACACGUAUAUACUCGUGCGCCUCCACAGCGCCGGCGUAGCAAAAUUUUACAUUUUUACAAUGAUUUGUCUUUAUGACAAUAAUACCAUCCACGAAUUGUUUUAUUUCGUAUGAAAUCUUUGGAAUUUUUAUGUAUAAAAUACUAUAUGAUAUGUGGAAUAUAACUAUUUCUUAUAAAUUGUGACUGAACGAUUUUUGAGCAUUUAUUGUCUAGCAUUAACUAAGGAGUUUCGUCUGAUAACUGGCUGUUAUUUUGUAAUUGUUUAAUGUAAUGGAUCUUUCGGCAAGCGCACACUGUUUCACCGCGGCUGUGGGGCGGUGCCGGACCGCCGGCUAGUAUCACGGCUCACAGCCGUAUCGAGCUUUAAGCACUGUGCGCCUGCGACCUCGUUGUGUGACGCAUUGACGCCUUUAAACAAUACCGAACUUGUUCUAUCUUGUGAUCAUUAAAAAUCGUGUGACUAAAUAAUCAGCUAUGAUGCCCAAUCAAUGAGCCAUAUAGAGCUUUAAAAUUAAAGUUCAUGGUUACCAUCAGCCGAGUAACUUACUCGUCCCCUCAUUAAAAUAUGAUUUAAAGUUCUUACACCCAUGGGCAAGUAGCAGGUGAGUGACUCGUAAGGCACUAAGCACUAGUACAUUAAGUAUACGUCAGGCUGCACAAGUCGUUCCCAGUUACGCGCGACAACGCGUCUCACAACCCUUCUCAAAUAUUUUAUAUCACUUGAUAAGAGAAUAAACACUUAUGCUGUAUACUGUA